CACGCAAAUCUUCCUCUCGAAGCAAAACUGCGUAUAUCUCCCAUUCUCCGACGAAAACCUCAACCUCUUUUAAGUCUUGGGCUCUCACUAUUGCUUUGCUUCCUCUCCGGCGAGGCAAAGGCCGCCACACACGCUUCUGCAAAUUCUUCUUCUGAAUUUGUAAUCGAAGCUUUCUUCGCUUCUUCUCAUGCAAUUACGAUGGUGUCUCCCCCAAUUCACGCAGCAGCAAACGCGCAAUACACGCAACAGUUCUUAAGUAACGUUCUUUCCCAGCGCGGCCCCUUGGCGUUGCCCUAUGCAGAGGAUGCGAAAUGGCUGAUCCGCCAACAACUGCUCGGCCUAGUUGAAAACUACCCAAGCCUGCAACCUAAGACCGCCACCUUCACCCACAACGAUGGAAGAACCGUCAACCUACUCCAAGCAGAGGGCACUGUCCCCAUGGUCUACCAAGGUGUCGUGUACAAUAUCCCCGUAGUCAUCUGGCUCAUGGAUUCCUACCCUCGUCACCCUCCCUGCGUCUACGUGACCCCGACUCGCGAUAUGAUCAUCAAACGCCCCCACUCUCACGUCAAUCCGUCUGGUUUGGUCUCUCACCCCUAUCUACACAACUGGAUCUACCCAAGCUCGAAUCUCGUCGAUUUGGUCCGUAAUCUCAGUGAUCUAUUUGGCCGCGAUCCCCCUCUCUAUGCCCGCCCCCAAAGACCCAGCCCUCCAAACCCUAACCCCGAUCAUAGACCUAGUUCCAGUGAGAAUUCAAAUUCUCCUCUUUCAUUAUUGUCGUCCUUUGUUCGCCCUGGAAUCCCUCCACCGAGGUUAAAUUACUCUUUGUCACCUUAUGGGCAUCGGCCGACGACAGCGGCCACUGAAGAUCCAAACGAGGUUUUUCGGAGGAAUUCAAUCAAUAAACUUAUGGAGAAGUUACAUGUUGAUGGCGAGGUGUUGAGGAAGACCAGAGAGGCCGAAAUGGAAGGGCUUUUCAAUUUGCAGGCGGUUUUGCGACAGAGAGAUGAAAACCUGUCCAAGGAGUUGAUGAAAUUUCAAGAGGAGAAAGAGGGACUAGAGCAGCAAUUGCAGAUGAUUCUAAUGGAUACGGAUGUGUUGGAGUCGUGGUUGAGGGAGAACGAGGGAAGGGUGAAUAAAGCUAAAAAUGUGGAGGUUGAAGGGAUUUUUGAGCCUUGUGAUGCGCUUUCUAAGCAGAUGCUUGAGUGUACUGCGUCCGAUUUGGCUAUCGAGGAUGUGAUUUAUUCGUUGGAUAAAGUGGUUCAGGAAGGAUCGAUACCCAUCGAUCAGUAUCUGAGGAGCAUUAGAUCGCUCUCUCGCGAGCAGUUCUUCCACCGUGCCACGGCUGCGAAGGUCAGGGCUGCACAGAUGCAGGCUCAGGUUACUAGCAUGGCAGCUCGGGCAUCAAAGUAUAUGUGAGAGUUUGUGAUCUAAAUGUGUUAAUGGUUAUACACUUAUACUCCAAGGGCUGCUUCAGAGUGGACCUUUGGAGAAACUAUCAUAUUUGAAUGGAUGGAUUGCUUGCUACGCACUACGUUCAGACGACUUUAAUUAGCUCCAUGGUUUGAGGGAGUGAGGGUCUUCAAACGUUUAGUCAGGCAUUUGUAAGUCCAUUUGGUACAGAUACUAUGAAUAUUUAUUGAUGGCCAUGAAUAUCUUGAAGAUC